UGCAGAUGUGUUCCCUGUUUUAAGCAGAGGGACCAACACAAUCUAGAAGGGAAAAUUCCUAUGGCUAGCAACACAGACGCAAACAGCAGUGGCGAGAGUGAGGCGCUUUGUAUAUAUUUUCCUUCUAUAUCUUAAUCCUGAUAACUGGCUUCAAGGCCCCAUUUUCCAGAUGAAAAAAACUGAAGUUCAGAGCAGUCAACUAACUUGCCUAGAGCAAAUGCAUUGUAAGUGGCACACCAGGCUUCGUAAGUGGUAAACCAAGCUGAUAUCAAGCCCUUGGGAUUAAGCUCUCCGCUAUACCAGGGAGAAAGGGCCAUGGAGGGCCAGCAAGUGGGAGGCAGGCCACAGAAAAGAAGAACAGCUGGUCCAAGGUCUCAGAGCAGAUUCAUUUCGGGGGAAAGACCGCUAUCUCUGCUGCCCCAGGCAGAGGAAGACUUGGGCCCUGUGAAAGGAAAAUAAAACCUCAGGAUCCCCAAAUCACUAAGCCAAGGGAAGAAAUCAAGCUGGGAACUAUGCCAGGAAAACCCACCUCCCAUUUUAUUCCUAAAUAAGGCAAGAUAGUUACAUACCUCUGUCACAAACUGCCCACAAGAAAAUUCACUGUGGGCCUCAAGAUCUUUACCCUAAAACAGUUCUGUUGAAUUUCACCUUGCAAUGUAAACUAAUAGCUGAUCUUCAGAGGCGUGCACAGAAAAUCAUCUCUGCUCACCUGAGACAAAUGCACAUAUGAUUGCUUCCUCUGCCCUAUUGUUUAUGAAAAAUGCAGAUUCACUGAUUCAGACUAAAUUGUGUACUCAGUGGAAGGCUGAUCAAGGAAUCAAAAGAAUGCAACCUUUUGUCUCUUAUCAACCUUCUGCCUCUUAUGACCUGGAAGCACCGCACCCCUCACCUUCAAGUUGUCGCACAUUGCCAGAGCAAACCAAUGCACAUCUUACACAUACUGAUUGAUAUCUCCUGUCUCCCUGACAUGUAUCAAAGCAAGCUGUGCCCUGACUACCUUAGGCACAUGCCAGGGCCUCCUGAGGCUGUGUCAUGGGUGCAUCCUUAAGCUUGAGAAAACAAACUUUCUACACUGACUGAGAUCUGUGUCCGAUAUUUGGGGUUCAUAUCCCUGCCAUCACUGCCCUCCUCCCCACCUCCUGCCCUAGGCAUGGCUGGCAGACAAAAACCGGGAGAGCAGCCCACUCCCUGCGGAUCUACCUUUCCUGGAACAGGCAGAGGAGGUUCUGUGUCACAGCGUGGAGGUGGGGUGUAAGCCUGCAGGAGGUUACAGCUGAUCCCUGAGGUGGGGCUGCCCUAAGGUGGUGGCUUCAGUCUGGGAGGGCCAGAAGACCUCAGGUGAGACCUCAGCAGCCCACAUGGAGAGGAAGGGUUGGGAGAGGGUGGGGAAAUGACUAGACUCUGAUGCAUGCAAGUCUCCCACUUCCAUUCAAAGGCGCAUCAGUGAGAUGCUUGAAUCUGCAGUGAAGGGCAAGAGACACGACCCCAGGAGAGAGUAGCUGUGCUUUGAGGCAGUGGAACCAGCUCCUGGUGGGAGACUGAGGUCUUGGUGCUACCCCACUUUCACUCCUGAUUUGCUGAAUGAUCUGGAGACCUCCGGGCCCCACGGCUUUCCAUCUGCAGAGCGGAAAGAGUGGAUGGGAGGUUUCUAGGUUCCCUCCACUUCUCAUCAUUGCCAACAUUCACUUGUAGCAGCGGUCGGACUCCCCUCUGUGCACCUGUCCUGCAGGCAGACCUAGGAUGGUACGUUUUCCUGGCUUGGGAGAUUUGGGCUGAGCAGUCCAGGGUGGCUGAGGUUUAGAGGGGACAGCUGGGGAAGUACUUCUUCUAUUUCUUAAGAUCUGUGCUGUACUCUGCUCUUCCCAUAGGGAUUUACCUGAAGCCCAGGAACACCGUAGAUCUGGCUCCCAAAACUGCUUUUGCAAAACUAAAACACUUGGAGAAAUCUAACAAGCUGACUCCAUCUUGCUGUUUUUGAAAAAUAUAUCUUUUGGCAUACAAAUUUUUUUGUCGUUACAUGGAUGAAUUAUACAGUGGUGAAUUCUGAGAUUUUAGCGCACCCGACAUCUGAGUAGUGUUAACUAAUGUGUAGUUUUUAUCCCUAGCACCCCUCCAGCCUCCUCCUUCUUCUGAGUCUUUGAAAUCCAUUAUGUUACUCUGUGUUUAUAUAUUUGUAGCUUAGCUCCCACUCAUAAGUGAGAACAUACAUUUUUGGGUUUUCCACUCCUGUGUUACCUCACUUAGAAUACUGGCCUCCAGGCUGGGUGUGGUGACUCAUGCCUGUAAUCCCCGAACUUUGGGAGGCCAAGGUGGGCAGAUCACUUGAGGUCAGGAAUUCGAGACCAGCCUGGCCAACAUGGCGAAACCCUGUCACUACUGAAAAUACAAAAAUUAGCCAGGCGUAGUGGUGGGUCCCUGUAGUCCCAGCUACUAGGGAGGCUGAGGCAGGAGAAUUGCUUGACCUGGCAGGCAGAGGUUGCAGUGAGCUGAGAUCAUGCCACUGCACUCCAACCUGGGGACAGAGUAAGACCCUGUCUCAAAUUAAAAAAAAAAAAAAAAAGUGGCCUCCAGCUCCAUCCAUGUUGCUGCAAAAGACAUUAUUUUGUUCCUUUUAGUGGCUGAGUAGUAUUCCAUUGUGUAUGUAUACAUUCUCUCUAUCCGCUCAUUAGUCUAUGGGCACUUAGGUUGGUUCCAUAUCUUUGCAAUUAUGAACUGACUGCUAUAAACAUGUGUGUGCAAGUGUCUCUUUCAUAUAUUGACUUAUUUUCCUUUGGGUAGAUACCCAGUAGUGGGACUGCUGGAUAUCCAUCUUGCUUCUAACCUCACAGACUCACUGCUUUUGCUCUUUCCUGGCCAUAGGUCAAACCAAUUAAAAAACUAAGUUUACAAUUUAAAGCAAGGAUGAUAAGAGUUCCUUCCUGAAACUAGCCCCUUCCUUGUUUGGGGACCCAAACUGCCUUUGGAAAACUAAUGAAAGUCAGCAAGGUUAGAAUUGUGGUAGGGGCUGGAAUUCUGCUAUGGUAUAACCACACAUAAGUGAUAACCAGCCAUUAUUCUCUCUUUUUUUUUUUUUUUUAACAGUCCAUAGGCCUUUUAUUUUUUUAACACCUAUGAUGCCACGAAUUCAUAGGGAAUAGGUUCCAGCCGCUCAGGCUCCUUCCCACUAGUUCCCACAGUGUGUGCUUCUCUGGGUGGAGCAGGCCAGCGCUUCGGUUGAACCCGGGUAACAUAUUCUUUGACUUCCUUCUUUUUCUGAUCAUUUUCCUUCACUCGUUUAAGGAAGCUGUCUCCGCUCUUAGAGUGCUUAAUGUGCUCAAUAUGCACAUUAAUUCUCUUGGCAAGAAUCUUGCCCUUAACUUAUUUACAACAACACCAACAGUGUGCUGGGUAACAUUGUAGACUCUUCCACUUUUGCCAUGAUAACAUCUGUGGGGCAUUCCCUUUUGAACAGUGCCCAUUCCCUUGAUGUCUACAAUAUCAUCUUUCUUAUAGAUUUGCAUAUACGUGGCCAAAGGAACAACUCCAUGUUUUCUAAAAGGCCUAGAGAACAUAUAUCGAGUGCCUCUCCUCUUUCCCUUUGUGUUCCUUAUUUCGGCAAAUUACUGGAAGAUGACGGUUCCAGCUGAAAGGAACCAGCCAUUAUUCUUUAACUCACCAACUGCUCAGGAGUCUGUAGCCAAAGGUCACAAGAUAAAGGAACUUCCCCAAUUGCUCCUAUAGAUAACAUCACUAUUAUAAAACCUAAGAUUGGCCUUCAUUUUUCAGACUUUUGCAUUCUAGAGAAUCUUGACUUAUAUGGAAGAACAGACUCAGUGGAUCCUGUGACCCCCACCAGAAACUGCAUGCAAAGAUAAUUCUGGGGCUUUUAUAGUUUAAUCCCCAGCAAAGCUGCAUGUCCUACUACCUGCCCACCAAACUAUCCUGAAAAACCCUAGCCUCCAAAUUCUCAGAGAGGUUGAUUUGAGAAAUACCUCCCACUCAGCUGUGUGUGAUAAUUAAACUCUUUCUCUGUUACAACACUCCUGCUGUUCUCAGUGUAUUGGCUUUUCUGGGCAGCAGGCAAGAACCUGGCUGGGUGAUUACCCCCCUGGCUGUCUCUGAAGAAGAGGUUGCAGUGGGCCCCAGGUAAGUCUGGGUGUGGAGUGAGGACACGAGUACACUCCCGGCUGUUGGAACAGAAGGCUCUGGCUGCAGGUUGGCCUCGCUUUAGUCUCAGGCAGCUGUGGCCAGCAGUGGGUUCAGUGGCUGCUGUAGGAAGCCUGGAUUCCAGUCCCAGCUCUGCUACCAAACACUUGACCAUGGCCAAGUCUUUUCCCCUCUCUGGGCCUCUUGUCCCUGCUCGUAAAAUGUGGCUGUUGGACUCGAUCACUUCCUAGGUCCUAGCUGUGAUCGAAAGAUCUAAAGGAACUCAGACUCCACACUUACCUUUUUUUUUUUUUUUUUUUUUUGAGACAGGGUCUUGCUCUGUCGCCCAGGCUGAAGUGCAGUGGCACAAUCUCGGCUCACUGCAACCACUGCCUCCCUCCCAGAUUCAAGUGAUUCUCCUGCCUCAGUCUCCUGAGUAGCUGAGAUUAUAGGCACACAUCAACACGCCUGGCUAAUUUUUGUAUUUUUAGUAGAGACGGUUUCACCAUGUUGGUCAGACUGGUCUCAAACUCCUGACCUUGUGAUCCGCCCGUCUCGGCCUCCCAAAGUGCUGGGAUUACAGGCAUGAGCCACUGCAUCUGGCCCACACUUAUUGUUUCUGUGCCUCGGUUUUCUCAUCUCUGGAUGGGAACAUGUAUGUGAGAGAGCCUGGGAGAGAACCACAAUCACCCCAUCCUGUGUGGGUGGUGCAUGCAACUUGCUUGACAUCCAUACCAGGAUUCUGACAUAGGCUGGGCUGGGGCCAGUAGCCCAUCAUCCUACAGAUGGGAAACUCAGGAGGGCUCCAUGGAGCUCUCUGUAGCUAGAUGGGAAGGCCAAGGGCAUACUUACUGGAGAGCUGGCCGGUCGUGUUGGCUCACACCUAUAAUCCCAGCACUUUGGGAGGCCAAUGUGGGUGGAUCACCUGAGGUCAGGAGUUAAAGACCAGGCUGGCCAACAUGGUGAAACCCUAUCUCUGCUAAAAGUACAAUACAAAAAUUAGCUGGGGGCGAUGGUGUAUGCCUGUAAUCCCAGCUACUUGGGAAGCUGAGGCAGGAGAAUUGCUUGAACACAGGAGGCAGAGGUUACAGUGGUCCAAGAUUGUGCCACUGCAUUCCAGCCUGGGCAACAGAGCAAGCCUCCAUCUCAAAAAACAAACAACAAAAAAAAACUUACCUGGGAGCUCUGGCUCCCAGGGCCUGUGGGGAGUGGGGAGCAGAGAGCUAGGAGGAGGCUGGGUCAUCAGAACAAGUCUUUUCCAGGAUGCAAGGACCAUGCUCAGUAGACGGCUCAGUUGGAGUUUCGGGGAUGAGCACCAGUCUCGGAGGCCUGAAGGAAGCCCAUGGAAGCCCGUGGCCAUGGCCAAAGGAGCUCAUUACCCUGGGGCCAGAAGAAUCUGCGCAUCAAGUGGUCCUGCAAAGGAUCCAGGAGCUUUCUGAUUUGCUGGCGAGAGUGAUCAGUGCUGCCCUGGCCCAGGACUUCCCUGAGGAGUAUGGCAUCAAGGUCAUCGCAGAACCUGGCCACUUCUAUGUGGAGUCUGUCUGCACUGCCGCUGUCAACAUCAUUGCCAAGAAGGCUGUGCUGGAGCCUGGAGGCAGCCAGAAGCUGGUGUAUUAUCUCAAUGAUGGCCACUAUGGCUCCUUCCGCAUCUGCCACCGAGAGCCUGACCCGAGGGUUCCCAUCGUGGUGAAGGUAAGGGGGCCACACCAGCCCCAAGAGUCUAGUCCUUUACCUCCACAUGGCUUGUGCCUCCCAGACUGGGAACAGUGGCUGUGUUGGACCCCAGAGGCAGGGCCUUGCCUACUGCUUAAUGCACACGUGGGCACAUGCAUGAUGUGUUGCCCACAGGUCAGAGCAUGUGCAGCAGCUGGAUAUGGGGGCCUCGUCAGCCAAAGGGACCAUCACCAGAACAAAAAGAUGUGGCUUGUUUUCCAAAAUAUUCAAGUUCUUCUUCCUGGUGGUUCAAGAAUCAUUCCCGAGUCUCUCAAGGGCCUUACCCCCAGCACCCCUACUUCUCAGUCCCUCCCAUGAUCUGGCAACAAAGCUGUGAUACCUAACCCUGUAGGGCCAGCCAUGUCUUCCUCCAGCUCCGGGGCAGGUGUGUCUGCUGAUGCGAUGGGUUGUAAAUAUCUUGACUUGCUCCUGGCCAGUGAACAUCUUGGUGUGUGCACAUGUUUGGUCACGUAUGUGACAUAUGUCUGCAUGCAAGUGCGAGUGUGUAUGUGUGUGUGGUAUUUCUGGGUGUGUGUCUUUGUGUGUAUAUUUGCCUCUCUUCCAAUUGCAGGGAGUGAGUACUGGAUGUGGAAGAACCAAUAGGAGACCCCGGAAUAGUUUUCAAUUUUAGUUGCCCAUAUUUAAAAACUUACACAUAUUUCAUAAAAGCCUAGACUUUCUCAGCUCCUCUCAAAGAUUUGAGACAUUUGAUGUUACAGGACUUGCAGAACAACAAGGCAACAAAUAUUUCAACAAAUUAGUCUAGCAUGUCAGGCAUGUGGCGCCAUCUGCUGGAAUGGGACUUCCACUAGACAGGCCUCCCCACCCAAUGUCUUUUCCUUUGGACAGUCAUUGAUUUUCCAGUUUGUCAUAAGGCUUACCUGGCCCAUUUCACUCCUUUGUGCUACCUGCUUGACCCCUAGGUAACUGAGUUUUCAACUGCUCCCUUAUAGGAAUUAUUGAAGACAAUAGCCCCAUUUACAGAGGAGGAAACUGAGGCUUUAUUUGUAGGCACAUCAGACCCCCGCCAGGCUGGGCAGGGGCCAUGGAGGGAUGGAUCCCAGCCAGUGUACACCCGUGUGUCCCUGGGAGUGCCCUUCUGGGUCUUUCAAUGGCUUCCAGGUAAGGGGGUGGGAUAGGCCAGCCCGCUGUCUUUUCUGACCCCCUUUCCUAUGUCACACAGGAGUUCUGCUCAGAGCCGCCCCUCUUCCCCUGCACCCUCUAUGGCCCCACAUGUGACGCCCUUGACAGGCUCUUCUUGGAGGAUGUACGGCUGCCUGAGCUGGACGUAGGUGAUUGGCUGGUCUUCCCCUCCAUGGGUGCCUACAAGUCCUCCAUGAGCUCCAGCUUCAAUGGCUUCCUGCCCACCACCAUCUUGUAUGCCAUUGGCCCCCAGCUCAGGUGCCUGGGGGCUGAGGUUGAAGAGGAAGCAGGGAACCUCACACUCACUGGAGACUGGGGUGGGAACUGGUCCCAAGGACUCUCCCUUCCCAUUGACUCACUGAAGUCAAAGUGUCCAUCUGACCUUUAGACUCUGAUCUGCCACUGGGCCCCCUCCCAGGGAGGUGGAGAUUUGCAAAGCUGAAGCCUCUAUUCAAGCAGAAUUGGUGGCAGGGGACCCCCAGGCCCUCUACCCACUGGCUGG